CGGAACAGGAACAAGUGAAAACUGAAGACCAAAUAAAAAGGAGAGAAGAGGAAAGAGGUCAGAAAAAGACACACCCAUCUCAAUACAUACACACUGAUAACACACACACACACAUAUAUACACACAGAUAACACACACAGAUACACACUGCUGGCUGGGCCCCACAAUGUAGUAUACACAGGUACACACACCGACACACACACACACACACACACACACACACACACACACAUAUACACACUGAUAACACACACAGACACACAUAUACACACAGAUAACACACACAGAUACACACUGCUGGCUGGGCCCCACAAUGUAGUAUACACAGGUACACACACCGACACACACACACACACACACACACACACACACACACAUAUACACACUGAUAACACACACACACACAUAUAUACACACAGAUAACACACACAGAUACACACUGCUGGCUGGGCCCCACAAUGUAGUAUACACAGGUACACACACCGACACACACACACACACACACACACACAUAUACACACUGAUAACACACACUACCUGUAAGGGCGAGGUCGGUUACGUAGUGCAGCUCCUGCAGCACAUCGGGGGGAUCAGGACUACCCACAUGCAGUUCUUUUAGUGCCUUGGCCUGGUGUACCUGCAGGAUGGCCAUGGCAUGCAGGGUGGAGUCGGCCUGUCCAGCGGCACUGUAGGCUUUGGUCACCAGAGCCGACAUAGUCCUACAGGCUCUGGAGGGGAGCGCCGGUCGAUCCCGCCAUGUGGCAGCAUUUUACGGGCACAGGCGCACCACAACCGCCUUAUCCACCUGAGGGACAUCCGUGUACCCAUGGACCGCCCCGACAUCAAGGGUAGUGAGACUGGAUGAACACGGAAGUCUGUUUCGGGCAGCACAUGGUGGCCUCCAUGACCUUGUCAGUAUGUUGUGCACCUCCAGGAUGAAAGGGUCCGUGAGCAGCGCCCCGAACCCAGGAACCAAUCAUCAAGCCGUGAGCGCUCAGGGGAGUAUGGAGGUUUCCAGUCCAACCCGAUGCUCACGGAGGUCUGGGCAAGCAUUGCGGUCAGCUCUGCUUCAGCCUCAGACUGGGCAGGCAGACCCGAAGGUGGUAGCCCAACUUACACAAACCCUAACAGAACAUUUUAAAACACACUCACACACACACAAACACACACUCACACAAACAAACAAACACACUCGCAUAAACACAUACAUCUAAACACACUCACACACUCUCAUAAACGCACUCAAACACACAAAAACAUUCACACCCAGACACACACAUAUACACACUGACAACACUCACACACACAUACACACUGAUAAAACAAACUAUCACACAGACACACACAUAUACACACUGAUAACACACACUCUCACACAGAGACACACACACAAACAUAUACACACUGAUAACACACACAAACUCACUCUCGCACACUCACACACAUAUAUACACUGAUAACACACACUAUCUCACACACACACAAACAUAUACACACUGAUAAAACACACAUAUACACACAAACUCACUCUCGCACACUCACACACAUAUAAACACUGAUAACACACACUCACACGCACAUAUACACACUGAUAACACACACUAUCACACACACACACACAAAUAUAUACACACUGAUAACACACACUCUCACACAGAGACACACACACAAACAUAUACACACUGAUAACACAGACAAACUCACUCUCGCACACAAACACACAUAUACACACUUAUAACACAUAUACACAUAUAUACACACUGAUAACACUCACACACAUACACACUGAUAACACUCUCACACACACACACACACACACUGAUAACACUCACACACACAUACACACAUACACACAUACACACUGAUAACACUCACACACACACACACAUAUACACACUGAUAACACUCACACACACACACACACACACAAUGAUAACAGUCACACACACACACGAACACAAACUGAUAACACAUACACUGAUAACACUCACACACACACACACACACUGAAAACACACACACAUAUACACUGAUAACACACACACACACACACACUGAUAACACACACACACACACACACACACACAUACACACUGAUAACACACACACACACAUUUACACUGAUAACACACACACACACAUAUAUUACACACUGAUAACAUUCACACUCGCAUUCACACUGAUAACACUCACACACACACACACGCACGUAUAUACACACUGAUAACACACAUACACACUGAUAACACUCACACACACACACACACACACACACACACUGAUAACACUCACACACACACACACACACACACACACACACAUAUAUACACACUGAUAACACACACACACACACACACACACAAACUGAUAACACACACACACAUACACACUGAUAACACUCACACACACACACACACAAUGAUAACACACACAUAUAUACACUGAUAACACUCACACACACACACAUAUACACACUGAUAACACUCACACACACAUAUACACACUGAUAACACACACACACACACACACACACACUGAUAACACUCACACACACACACACAUAUAUACACACUGAUAACACACACACACACACACUGAUAACACUCACACACACAUAUACACACUGAUAACACUCACACAAACACACACACACUGCUAAUACUCACACACACACAUUUACACUGAUAACACACACACACACAGAAAACACUCACACACACACACAUAUAUACACACUGAUAACACACACACACACACACUGAUAACACUCACACACACAUAUACACACUGAUAACACUCACACAAACACACACACACUGCUAAUACUCACACACACACAUAUAUACACACUGAUAACACACACACACACACACACACACACACACACAUACACACUGAUAACACACACAUUUACACUGAUAACACACACACACACACACACAGAAAACACUCACACACACACACAUAUAUACACACUGAUAACACACACACACACACACAUAUAUACACACUGAUAACACACACACACACAGAAAACACUCACACACACACACACACAGAAAACACUCACACACACACACAUAUAUUCACACUGAUAACACACACACACAUACACUGAUAACACACACACACACAAACACACACACACAAUGAUAACACACACACAUAUACACUAAUAACACUCUCACACACACACACACAAUGAUAACACACACACAUAUACACUAUUAACAUACUGUAAAGCGGACCAAGGAAGGGACGGGAACAGGCGUCAGUUUUGAAGGAUUUAAUUGUCUCAGAAAUGGAGAGAAUUACAUUCAUCACUUUUCUUCUGACAGCUGUCUUCAGUUUCUCUGCAUGUGUUGCAAAUCAUUAUCAUUUUGUGAAUAUUAAUUUGAAUUGGACUGAAGCUCAGAGAUACUGCAGAGUGAAUUACACAGAUCUGGCCACCAUCAACAGCAAGACUGACAUUGACGAAAUGAUGAAGACUGUGAAAGAUGAAAGUGUUCAGCGUGUCUGGAUCGGACUGCACAAGACACAGAAGAAAACAUGGAAGUGGUCUCUGGGUAACCCUGCAUUCUACACAGGAAAUGAUUCACAUUAUCAGAACUGGGAAAGCAAUAACAUACAUGUUGAUGGUGACUGUGUUUGUAUGGAUGGACAGAAUGGCAAAUGGGAUAAUACAAAAUGUGAAGAAAACAAAAAUUUUAUUUGCUAUAACGCCAGCAGUGAAGAAUACAUCUUUAAUAGUCCAGGCAUGAACUGGAGAGACGCUCAGAGAUUCUGCAGAGAGAAACACACAGAUCUGGCCAGUGUGAGGAACCAGAAUGAGAAUCAGACGAUUCAGAACAUCAUUAAUAAUCACCAAGGAAGUGAAAAAGCGUGGUUCGGUCUGUUCAGAGACUCAUGGGAGUGGUCAGAUCUCAGUGAAUCCUCAUUCAGAGACGGGAUUUUGGGUGAAAAUGAUAAAAAUACUGAAAACUGCACAGCGGUUUCACUCGUUGGUCCGCACAAGAAAUAUCAGUACUGGAACUGUGAUAAAAGCUUCCCUUUUGUCUGUUAUAAUAAGUUUGUUCUUAUCCAGCAGAAUCUGACCUGGAAUGAAGCUCUGAAAUACUGCAGAGACAAUCAUGUGGAUCUGGUGUCAGUUGAGUCUCAGCAGAUUCAGAACUCGGUGAUGAAUGUGGUUAAAAAGGCCUCGACUGCAGCGGUGUGGCUGGGUCUACGUCAGGCCUGUGCUCUGGGCAUCUGGUUCUGGGUGAAUGGAGAGAUUGUGUGCUACCAGGACUGGGCUGCAGGUAAUGGGACAGGAGUGGAAGACUGCAGUGACACAGCUGGAGCAGUUCAGUCUGGAGAUAAUCAGACCUGGAUCAGCCUUCCUCAAACUGACAAACUCAACUUCAUCUGCACCAACUAUGAAGCCUAGCAACACGAAGAACACUAUAGCAAUGCCGUAGCAACCACUCAAGACUCUGAAGCGACUGCAUCCCAGAACACCUUUACAACCGUCCAGUAAUGUCCAAACUACAACUCCCUACAUAAUCUCUAAAUAUAAAUCUGUUUAAAACGGUUGUGUCCAUCUAACAUUCACAGUUUGUCUUGAAUAACAUGUACUUUUCUAGUUUAAAUUGAAACUUUUUCAUGUGAAUAAAUGUUAAAUGACUUUCAAAAAUCAAGUUUAUUUACUGUUGUGUUAUUAUUUUAUCGGCCUAUCAGCAAUAUACAUAUAACAAUAAGAUCAUAUUUUAGUCUGAUUGAGAUAUGGACAGAAUAUUGUUGUUGUGAUUUUCUUCUUUUGGGUGACGAUUUUCAUGAUUCUUGUU